AGGCCAUCCAUAGAAAAGAAAAGAAAAAAUGAAGUACCCAAUCUUAAUACUUUUCAUGAAUUUCUUAACACAGUAUGCUGGGAAGUCUCUGAGCAGAGAUGGCAAUUACCCCAAAGCAUUUGAAGACAUUAAAAAAGAGAUUGCUGGAUAUUCCAGCAUUGCUAAAGAUAUUAUUGACCUUGCUGUUUAUGGAAAAGCUCAGAACAGGUCCUACGAAAGAUUAGCAGUUUUUGCUGAUACCAUAGGACCGAGACUGAGUGGUUCCGAGAAUCUCGAUGCAGCCAUCAAGUAUAUGUUCAGGGCCCUGCAGGAAGAUGGGCUGGAAAAUGUGCACCUGGAGCCUGUAAAAGUGCCUCACUGGGAAAGAGGAGAAGAGCUUGCCAUGAUGCUGGAACCAAGGAAACACAGCAUUGCUAUUUUAGGACUUGGGAACAGCAUUGCAACUGCACCAGAAGGAGUUACAGCAGAAGUCAUCGUGGUGGCCUCUUUCGACGAGCUCCGCAGAAGAGCUCCAGAAGCCAAGGGGAAGAUCGUUGUCUACAACCAGCCGUUCAUCACGUACUGGCAGAGCGUGCAGUACAGGUCACGGGGCGCCGUGGAAGCCGCGAAGGUCGGAGCAGUGGCAUCCCUCAUUAGAUCCGCGGCCUCUCUUUCUAUCCGUAGCCCACAUACUGGAUGGCAGAAUUACCAGCCGGGUGUACCCCCGAUUCCUACUGCCUGCAUCUCUGUGGAAGAUGCUGAAAUGAUGUCACGAAUGUCUCUGCGGGGCACAAAGAUCGUUGUGUACCUGAAGCUGGGUGCCAAGACCUAUCCAGAUGCUACUUCCUUUAACACUGUGGCAGAGAUAGUUGGAAGCAAGUUCCCAGAGCAGAUUGUAUUGGUCAGUGGACAUCUGGACAGCUGGGAUGUUGGGCAGGGAGCUAUGGACGAUGGUGGUGGAGCAUUCGUAUCAUGGGAAGCAUUAUCUCUUGUUAAGGACCUGGGGCUUCGCCCAAAGAGGACUCUGCGCCUGGUGCUGUGGACAGGAGAAGAACAAGGAGGAAUAGGUGCAGAGCAAUACUAUCAGUUACACAAGGAAAAUAUCUCCCAUUUUGAUAUUGUCAUGGAGUCUGAUGAGGGCACCUUCAAGCCAAUGGGACUGGCUUUUACUGGUACCAAUGAAGCUCGUGACAUUGUGAGAGAGAUCAUGACGCUCCUGCUGCCUGUCAAUAUUACGGAUAUUUAUGACCCUGCAGAAGGAACAGACAUUGAUCACUGGAUGAGGGCCGGGGUGCCAGGUGCCAGCUUGCGUGAUGACAUCAGUAAAUACUUCUGGUUUCAUCAUUCUCGUGGGGACACAAUGACAGUUCAGGAUCCAAACCAGAUGAAUCUCUGUGCUGCUGUUUGGACUGUCGUCUCCUAUGUAAUUGCUGACAUGGAGGAGAUGUUGCCAAGGUAAUAAAACAGCAAGAGAGAAGAUUUCUGUUCUUCAGUAAAGAUUAUGAGUCCCCUAAUGUCUGCAGUCUACAUCUGUGGGAAAUUCCUUUUUUCACGCUG